CUGCGCACCUUCCCGAGCCGCGAGCGCGCAAGCACCAGGCAAAAACAGGCUAGGCAAGGAGCCGCAGCCUAGCCAGGCAGCCCCCCAGGAGCUUCCCGGGGCCCCCCUGCGCCUGAUCCUACUUCUGCCACCAGCCGCACCCCGGACACGACCCCUGCGGGCCUGCCUGAGGGACUUCGCCCUCCCGGAGCUGCUACUUGCCGCCGCUGCAGUCUCGCCCGCCUGCCUGCCUCGCUCUCCCGGGAGCUGCCUCGGUGGAAGCGACGAUGUCGGAGGUGCUGCCUUACAGCGAGGAGAAGAUCGGGCCCUACGGGGACGGCGGCGAGGUGGGGCAGAUCUCCUUCACCUGCCGCCUGCAGGACACCAACAACUUCUACGCGGGGGGGCAGACCAAGCGGCCCCCCAAGCUGGGGCAGAUCGGCAGGAGCAAAUGCGGUGAGCGCAGCGGGGCAGCGAUGCGGGGCACAUGCGGGGUAGACGCGGAGUAAAAGGGGAGCAGCAGGCGGGGGGAGGCUGUCGUUGGACGCGCUUGGAAACUGCACCCCAGCCUCCCCAUUGCUUUGAGGCAAAUUGCUGGGCCCCUUGCCCCCCAAAGUUGUGGAAGUUCUUAACUUUUCCGAGAGUGGGGUGGCCUGUGAGAGCUUGCAUCCCCUUAGUUACAAACCCUUAUUUGCAAUUUCUCUGGGUUCUCCCACCACCAGGAGCUCCCAUGGCGGAGUCCUAGGUGUGCUUACUCGAGAGUAAGCCUCAUCAUGUUCCAUAGGAGCACAUACACCCCCCCCUCGAUGUGCUGGGAGCGCAGCAGUGAGGAACGACAGAGCAGCUGCUUUGAAUGCAGAAGAUCCAGGGUUCAUUCCCCCCCCCCAAAUAUCGCUAGGUAGGGCUGGGAAUGUACCCUGUCCAAAAGCCUGAAGGGCCUCUGCCAGUCAGUGUAGGUAACCCUAAGCUAGAUAGACCAGCGACCUGACUUUCAGCGCUUCUGUUAAAACCGGCCCCUUGAUUAGAGCCACGAGGUCGGGCAUCUUGCUUUGUUUUUAGAGGACGGGCCACAGCUCAGAGAUGGAGCACCUGCUUUCAAUGUCGAAGUUCCCCGGUUCAGUUCUUGGCAUCUCCAGGUAGGGAGAGGGAGCUCCCUUAUCUGAAACCUGGAGAGCUGCUGCCAGUCAGUGUAGGUAAUAGAGCCAGAUCAAACAACGGCCUGACAUGAUAUAAGGAAGCUUCCAGUGUUUCUAUGUUCGCAACAGUUCCUGUGCCCUUAUCUGAUUCUGAAUUAGAUAGGACCCCGGCUUAAAGCACCUUCCCAUAGAUAAAUACACCCUUAAAAAUGAUCCAUCUUUUUCUCCAAAACCACUUCCUUGCACAACAGCUGGGGUGAAACUUGUUUGUGCCGUAGUUCUUAAUAUGUUUUAACUCAGAGACGACCCAUUGAAUUGAAUCGACUUAAGUGGUCCGUUCAUUUCAGUGGGUCCACCCUGCGUUUGACUGAUGUUGUACGCAAUCUGCAACUGUUAAUUCUUCCUAACCCUGCACCCGUUCACCCCCUCGCCUUUUCUCUGCGCUAAGCCCAUGCAAACCUUUCUGCUCUCCUUCUCCCUCCGUCCCUCCGCAGACUUUUAGCUGUUCACCCCAUCCACAUAUCCUGGAUCCAGAAGCACCCGCAGCAGGGGGGUCCUUGACCUGGCAAUUUAAUCUUAAGAAACAUGCCCAAGGCAGGCUGGAUGUGUGCUUGUGUGUGUCAAAAGGAUAGAAGCUUAAAAAAUAAAUAAAAGGAGUACCCAUUCCCAAAGAUGGUUGUGAGGUGAGGGUCAGGUGAGGAGGCGGGAUUUAAAGCCCAAUGCAUGCAACUCCUGUCCAGGAAGAGUUUCUGCACUCUCUGCAGCAGUGCUGGGAAAGGGCCUUUGAUCGGGGCUUCAAUGGGGCCAAAGUGCUGAGUGAAAAUCACCCUUCCUCUCUCUGUGCAAGAAAAGGGCAUGCACACACAUAUCUGACACUCAUUUACCGAAGAACUGGUUUUCCAUAAGCUCCUACCGCAGUGUCAAUAAUAUGGAGUAGAAGUCUGUGUGUCUCCCAUUCCCAUGUGCUCCUAUCUCUCACAGUCCCUAUAAGACCCAGUGAAGCAAAAAUAUCUGGAGUCAAAUGAAUUUGCUGAAAUUGGAAGUUCUUCUUCUCCUGCUGGUGUCCUCGGUGUAUGUUAGCAUAUGAGAGAGAGAGAGAGAUUGAGAUUGGUCACUGUCCUCUAAGCGCUUACAAUCUAAAAUGUGGGAAAUUAGGCAGUGAGGGAAGGAAGGCUGUGGUGGUAAUUACAACAACUUUGGCUGCUGAUGGUCAAGAACAAUGUUUAAAACGAUCAAGAGACUUGUGGCACUUCAGUUUGUUUUGGUGCGCAGUGCUUAUGCCAAAAUAAAUAGGUAAGCCUUUCGGGUGCCACAAGUCUAUUCCGUUGUUUUUGCUGGAACAGCAUGGCUGUCUGGAAAUACAAUAAUAUAGAGGUGUGAGGUUAUAGACUGGGCCAUUCUCCAUUUUUGUGUGUGGGGGGGGGGUUGGACCCCACCCCAAGUAGGUGGGCCCGCUGCACAGAAACCAUGACACCCCUUUCACCCAUGUGCAGGUCCCCAGUGGGUUCCGCUUGAGAUUCUUAUUGACGUAACAGUAGUAAGACUUGGAGGUGCACAGCACUCUGCUCCAGGUGAUGAGUUGGGAAAUGUAUUAUUGAAAGGCAGGACCUCUGUCUCCUCUUGAAUCCUUAGAUCCAGUUCACUUCUGUCAAAUGAUUUGGUGGAGAGAGGAAAUGGGUUGGAGGUACCAACGUUCAAAUUUAAGAUUUUAGAGAGGUGGGCGCAGAGGAAGGAAAAUAGGACCCCAGUAGGGGACAGCGGUCAUCAAUGGGCCCUUUCCACUUACAGCUUUCGACUCGCUUACUGUACGUUUUUCCUUGAGACUGGAGGGUCUCACCCAACAUAAUUAGGGCUUAAUUAUAAUGAGUUGAAGGGGUGUGUCUGUGUGUGGUCUCUUUGUGCUUCUGAUCCUGCAAUUAAUUUUAGGAUAGUAAUGGCACUAGCUAACCUGGGACUUCAUUUGCAUGUUUUUUGGUGGAGUCGGUGCUUUUUUGUUUUGCUUACAAAAAAGAAUCUUAAUUUGAUACUCUAUAUAUCACCUUUGAGGUUGUAGAUUUUGUGACCUUCGAAAGAGCAGAUUCUCAGUGAUAAACUUUGCAGGCACUCCUCUGGAAAGAACAGCACAUAUUUGGACUGAAAUCAUCUUUUCAGAAAGGAGUGUGUGUGUGUACAUGUACGUACACACCCUACAGUCAUGGGGAGGGUGACAGCAGAUUUUCUGAGUCACAAGUAAAAAACGUUUUGUGACUGCAACUCUAAUUUCACUCACUAGGUAAUGAUCCCCUACUGGACAUAGUGUGACUGGAGAUUAAUUUUUAUUUUAUUUUUGCGUGGAAGAGGGAUUAAAAAUAAUUGCAAAUGAUAAAUGAUGGUUUUCAAGGUGAGUAAAUGGAUGUAAAUUCAACUCACACACUUUCACUCCCACUAAUUCGCUCUGAGACAAAUCCACCAGGUAAUUCUCCUGUACAAGACCUGGGAUAAAUUGUUAAUCUGAUGCAGGGCUCAUUUCUUUGGACUGUCAGCUACAGAACUUCAGAUCUCUGGUUCACAUUUGUCCCUUUCUCAUUUUAUCACCCAUUUUAAAGCCCCGCCCCACCCUGUGGCUUUUUACUAUAGGGCGAUGUCAGCAAUUAAAAUCCAAAUAAUGGAAGCUUCAUAGAAUCUUAAAUGCUCUGCUUUCUUUUCUUUUUAUCUGCUUACAGUUGUCAUUGAAGAUGACAGAAUUGAUGAUGUCCUCAAAAACAUUUCAGAGAAACCACCUCCGGGAGUUUAAAUCUUUCCACAGAGACACUGAGUGAAAAAGAGGGGGAAGAAAAUGAUUGACCUUUUAUUAUUGGGUAAACAAAAAACAAAAAAGGCAAGCAAACUAAUAGCACUUUGAAGUUAUUCCUUGCUAUCCUGUGACCCAUCUUGCGAAAUCCUUAGGAGCAGGCUCAGAGGCAGACGGUGUGAGAUGAGUUUUACUCAUGUGUGAAAAGAUAAAAAUAAAAAAUAAAAAAUCCAAUCCCAACUAGAUUCCAGGAACUGUAAAAUGCAAACCGUACAAAUUGAAAUGUACGAAGAAGAGCUCAGUUGUCUAAAUUAAGACUGGUGCUCCCCUUUUUUUUCCUCUGGAUGAUGAGUAAUUGGGAAUUUGGAUUUUAAAAAGUCCCUUAAACAUACAGAACAGAAAAAAGGCAGGGAAUCUAGCAGUGUUUUCUUGGAAAUCUUGGGAAGUGUCACUGUUUAUACUUGUUCUGAACAAGCACUUGUUUACA